AUGGAGUCGCUGCAAGUGAUAGAGUCAUCCUUCGUGGCGCCGAAGGAGGCGACGCCGACGAAGGGGCUCUGGCUCUCUCCCGUCGAUCUCGCGGCCACCAGAGGCCACACCACACUAGUCUUCUUCUACCCUUCCGGGGCUGCCUUCUUCGACGCGGCCAGGCUCAAGGAGGCGAUGGCCAAGGCCUUGGUGGCCUUCUACCCGCUGGCCAGCCGCCUUGGCUUCGACAAUGAUGGCAGGUUAGAGAUUAGCUGCAACGAGCUCCCCUGCCACGACCGUACCCUCCUCCGUGCACGGUCCCCGCCCGUCGUCCACCCUGACGCCCUCUCGGUGUUGCACCCCAAGGUCACCUUGUCCCAGUCGUCGUCGAGACCAAACGCCACCGAGGUGUUUCCCAUCUCCAGGGACCAGCUGGUCACCCUGAAGCGCCUCUGCGGCGGGGCAAGCACCUUCUGCUCCGUCAGCGCCCUCGUGUGGAAGUGCGCCGGCAUCGCACGGCGGCUUCCCCCAGACACCAUUGCACGUCUCAGCUUCCCGGUCAACGUCCGACGACGCGGAGUACUGAAGCCGCCGCUCCCGGCCCGCUACUUCGGCAACGCGUUGGUCUCGCUGUGCGUCGCCGGUGCGGCGCGGGAUAUCGCCUCGGAGGCUCUGGCAUCUGUUGCCGCUCGCAUCAACGGGGCCCUCGCCAGGAUGGACGACGACCUGGUGCGGUCUGCGAUCGACUAUCUCGAGCUGGCCGACAAGGACAUCCGGCCGCAAAGGGGCAGCUUGCCGGAGACGGAGCUCCGGAUAGUCAGCUGGCUCAGCUUGCCGGGGCACGAUGCAGAUUUCGGUUGCGGGGCUCCGCAGGUGAUGUCACGGGCGGAGUCCGUCCGCGGCGGGUUUGUGCACAUCAUGAACGAUGCGCCCGAAAAGCACCGCGGCGGCAGCGCUGUCCGCGUGCUCGUGUGCAUGGAGGCUACCAACAUGAAGGAGUUCCAGCGGCAGCUUUAUGCAAACAUUGCCAAGCAGGCAUCAAAACUCUAG